UGAGUUUUUCUAACGAUUUAAGUUACAAACAAAUAAAAGUUUCUCAUUACAUUGUUUUGUGCUCCCACAAUGUUUUUCCUCAAUACAAGAAGCUUUCAGAUUAUGUUUUUGGUUUUUUAAUUUUUUUCAACAAAAUUACUGGGAAGUAUUUAUAUUAUUUACCAACAAGAUUUGAGAUUUUAUCAAUCUGAUCAAAGACUUCUUGUGAAAUAAACACACAAAAAGAAAGAAAAGACAAGUUGCUGCAGUAGAAUGGUUUUGGUGGAGAACAUGGCGUCUGAUUCUGUUACGUUUGGUUUUGUGUAAUAAUAGCAUGGAUUCAAAUUUGUCAGCAUCAGUUUCUUGGUAAUUUUUUUGUGUGUGACAACUGUAGCUCAGAAACUUCAACGGAGAAGACUUCAAAUUUGUCUCCCAUAGUUGACUUGGACUUUUCUUAGACUUGACCAUAAACGAGAUAUGUCUGGAAUACUACGUUUGAGAGAAGCUUAUUGCCAAAUUAUCCAUCUUCCAAGUUUCAGAUUUUUUGUAACUAUGUGGUCGAAUGGCAUCUUUCUCACACUUUUUACUUUGUCUGUCUUGUUAGGACAAUCAUGCUGUGAAACAGAUACGCUACUGCAGGGUCAGUACUUGAAAGAUGGGGAAGAGCUCGUUUCAGCUUUCAAUAUCUUCAAGCUCAAGUUUUCUAACUUCAAUAAUUCAGGCAACUGGUAUCUUGGAAUUUGGUACAACAGUUUUUAUCUUAAUGGGAAAGAGAAUUAUGCUGAUAUCCAGGGCGGAGCUGUUUGGAUUGCUAAUCGCAACAAUCCAAUCUUGGGAGGCUCUGGAAGCCUUACAGUGGACUCUCUUGGCAGAUUGAGGGUUUUAAGAGGAGCAUCAAGCUUGCUUGAGCUAAGCUCUACGGAAACCACAGGAAACACAACCCUUAAGUUGUUGGAUUCUGGAAAUCUUCAGCUCCAGGAGAUGGAUUCUGAUGGAUCGAUGAGACGGAUUUUGUGGCAAAGUUUUGAUUAUCCAACAAAUACUCUUCUUCCGGGGAUGAAACUUGGUUUCAAUGUCAAGACCGGGAAGAGAUUGGAACUGACAUCAUGGCUAGGUGAUGCUUUACCUGCUUCUGGAUCUUUUGUCUUUGGGAUGGAUGCUAAUAUUACAAACAGAUUGACCAUCUUGUGGCGUGGAAGCAUGUAUUGGGCAAGUGGGCUCUGGUUUAAGGGUGGAUUUUCCUUGGAGGAAUUAAAUAAUCACGGCUUCCUCUUUUCCUUCACUUCAAGCGAGAGUGAACACUAUUUUAUGUAUUCAGGCCAUCAGAGAUAUGACGGAACAUUUCCCCCCGCGAUAGAGAUAGACCACCAGGGAAUUUUGCAUGUACAUAGGUUUCAGAGAGAGCGUUUGCAUGUUCAUUGUUAUCCUUUCACUUUGGAUGAAGCAAGUAAUUAUGAUUGUUACAGGCGAGAUUCUAUGGAUUGUUUGCACGCAGGUUGCAUAGUCCCAGAUAAGCGGCAUGAGUCGUCAUAUUAUGGGUUAGGCUAUUCUUUCAAAGAGACAGUAUCUACUUUCUCAAGCAAGGGAUUUUUACCUAAUGAAACUGGUGGAAAGUUUAGUUCAGCUGAUUGUCGUGCUGUAUGUCUGCAAAACUCCUCUUGUCUUGCCUAUGCUUCAACCAAUCUUGAUGGUACGGGCUGCGAAAUCUGGAAUAUUGAUCCUACCGAGAAAAAUUUGUCUUCUCAUAGUCCCAGAACUAUAUAUAUACGUCUAGUACGAGGAGUUUUUGUAUAUCAAGAGGACAAAAAGACGGCAACUUGGGUUGUUGUUGUGGCAUUACUGUUCCUAAUCAUACCUGUGAUCUGGUUUAUAAUCUAUCUUGUGUUAAGGAAAUUUAAAGUAAAAGUCACUGUUCUAUUUCGCGGAAUAUUCUACUUUCUAUGGAGAGAAUUCCUUCCACAAAUGAUUGGUUUCAUACGGAGGGGGCUUCUAUCACUGAGGGUUAGUUCAACAAUAGACCAAGAAGUGCUACUACGUGAGUUGGGAAUUGAUAGGAGACGCCGAGGCAAGAGAAGUGCAAGGAAGAAUAAUAAUAAUGAGCUUCAGAUUUUUAGCUUUGAAAGUGUAGCCUUGGCAACAGAUUACUUCUCUGAUGCAAACAAGCUCGGUGAAGGAGGUUUUGGUCCUGUAUAUAAGGGGAGGCUAAGAGAUGAGGAAGAAGUAGCUAUUAAAAGACUAUCAUUAUCAUCUGGGCAAGGAUUAGUGGAGUUCAAGAACGAAGCUAUGCUUAUUGCAAAACUUCAGCACACAAAUCUUGUUCGGUUGCUAGGGUGCUGCAUCGAGAAGGAAGAGAAAAUGUUGAUUUACGAAUACAUGCCCAACAAGAGCCUUGACUACUUCCUCUUUGAUCCCUUGAGGAAAAAUGUUUUGGAUUGGACGCUGCGGUUCAGGAUCAUGGAAGGAAUUAUUCAAGGGCUUUUGUACCUGCACAAGUACUCAAGAUUGAAAGUGAUACACAGAGACAUCAAAGCCAGCAACAUUUUGCUGGACGAGGAUAUGAAUCCAAAGAUAGCAGAUUUUGGAAUGGCUCAGAUAUUUGGAGCGCAAGAAUCCAGAGCCAACACCAAAAGAGUUGCUGGCACAUUUGGAUAUAUGUCUCCGGAGUACUUCAGAGAAGGACUAUUCUCAACGAAAUUAGAUGUGUUCAGCUUUGGGGUUCUAAUGCUGGAAAUCAUUUGUGGAAGGAAGAACAAUAGCUUCCACCAUGACUCAGAAGGACCUCUGAAUCUCAUUGUUCAUGUGUGGAAUCUGUUUAAAGAGAACCGAGUUAGCGAGGUGAUAGAUCCUGCUUUGGGAGAUACUGCACUGGAGAACCCGCAAGUGUUGUGAUGCGUUCAAGUUGCUCUGUUGUGUGUACAAGAAAACGCAGAAGAUAGACCAAAUAUGUUAGACGUUGUGUCGAUGAUAUAUGGAGAAGGCAACAAUGCUCUUUCUUUGCCUAAAGAGCCAGCUUUCUAUGGUGGUCCUCGGAUAAGCUCGCCAGAGAUGGAGGUUGAGCCACAGGAGAUUGAAAAUGUAUCGGCUAAUACAGUUACCAUCACGAUGAUGGAAGCAAGGUGAAGCUAGUGAAUUGAAGAAAACUAAAUCGUUCGUAUAUGAAUCUCAUCUCAUUGUCACUUACUUGUAAUGUUUUGUAUGAGAUCCAAAGUAUCAAGAAAAAUAAAAAAGAAGAAGCGAUUCCUCAAA